GGUUCCGAAGCUGCUCGUUACCGUUGCACCGUACCUAGAGUUUAAAAUUGGCCCCAAUUCAACACAGACACAAUCACAAACGCAUCAUUCUCUGCGUUUAUCUCUCUUUCUCUGAUAUCCAAAAAAAUUCCAAAAAUGGUAUCAAAGGUGAAGAGAGGACCAGUGAAGUCCAUCAAGGACCUUCGUAACAACAACAACCGUCGUUGGCGCCGGAAAACUCCCAUAAAAAAUGUGGUGGCGGCAUCCUCCGCUGCCCUGGCUUCCAUCCGCCGCCGUAUCACAAAACUCUUCUCAAAGAUCGCGCGCAUCAGCACCACCCACAAGAAAAAAGCAACCUCUUACAAGAUCCUCAAAAAGACAACAACAACAACAGAAGAACACGAAGAACAACUCGAUGCCAUUCGCCGCACCCUGGUUUUCGACGACGCCACCGCCACACCACUCCUCCCUCCCUCCCUCUCCGUCCGAAAAACCGUGUUCCUUGACCUUGACGAAACGCUAGUCCACUCCCACCCCUCGCCGCCACCGGAGAACUUUGAUUUCGUUGUCCGGCCGGUCAUCGACGGCCAGCCCAUGGACUUCUAUGUCGUCAAGCGCCCCGGCGUCGACGAGUUCCUUGAGACCCUCGCCUCUAAGUACGAGAUUGUCGUUUUCACGGCGGCGCUAAGGGAGUACGCGUCCAUGGUGCUGGACCGGCUUGACCAGAACCGGUACAUCUCGCACCGGCUCUACCGCGAUUCAUGCCGCCACAUAGACGGGAAGCUGGUGAAGGACCUUAAAGAAACUGGUCGCGAUCUCAAACGGGUGGUUAUAGUGGAUGAUAACCCGAGUUCCUUUUCGAACCAACCCGAGAAUGCGAUUCUGAUUCGGCCCUUCGUGGAUGAUAUUUUCGACCGGGAACUUUGGAAAUUGAGAAGCUUUUUUGAUGGGUGUGAUUGCUGUGAUGACAUGAGAGAUGCUGUUAAGCGCUAUCAGCAACGUUAGAUUUCUUGGAAUAUUAUUUGCAUUUUGUUAUUUUAUUUAUUCCCUUCCCUGUGUGAGUUGAACUGAGUGGUUUGUUCAAUGUAUGGUGAGAAGGGAGGGGAAAUGCUGUGUAUUACUAAUUCUUAAGUUAACUUUAAUUGAUGCGUUGGUUAUUGGUUCUU